AUGAUGGAACAAUCUACGCGACCUUCUACUACUAUGGACUUGCAAUCUCCGGAUAACCAAUCCAAGGCUAACCCUUCAUUUGAGAGCUCUUCCGAGCCUCAGCAAAUGGACGUCUCUACCACGGCAUGGAAUCCAGGACGUAAACGAAAACAUUCUUCCUUUAAUGAUGGCUUUCUCGUCGAUAGAGUUUUGGCAUCACUCAAUCCAAUAGCCCAAGGAACCUCCACUUGUGACAACGACCAUGACAUUCCUCUUAAGAAGCAUAAAUUGGAAUUUGACCGGAUCUCGCUGACCUGGUCCCAUCUACCCAUGGAAGCGUGGCAAUAUGUAUUUUCGUUCCUUGACCCGAAAACCCUUGGUUUGCUCCUGCGCGUCAAUAGAGCCUUUAACUCUUAUCUCACUUCCAGUGAACACUUUCCACAGGACACUCCAGCUCAGGGUGUUUUGAAUCCAAUGAAUUCGGCAUCCAUCUGGUCUCACUCCCGGAAACUUUGCUAUCCCGGAAUGCCACGGCCUUUGAUUAAUAGGACCGAAUUGGAAAUGUGGCAUUUAGUGGGAGCAACCAACUGUCAAUUUUGCAGAAAGCCCGACUCGUCCCAUUCGUCCAUGACAUCAUUUUCUCCGUUGGAAAAAGAUCUAGGCGCUGAAGGAGUUCGUAUAAUAUGGCCCUUUGGUAUCAGGACGUGUUCGGAAUGCCUUUUUGCGCGGACAAGGAAGUACAAGGAGAUGGAUGUUUUGCUAUCCUCUCUGCCCACCUCUCUCAUACCAGGCCUUUGUUUCGCGCUCGUCACCUCAUCCAUGCAUGUGGUUUCACCUGUGGCUGUUAAAUCUAACCAAGUAUCCCCGGGACAGUUGUCCAAAUACUAUUAUGACAAUGAUAUCCAAUAUCUCUUGGACGAAUUUGAACGAGUCAAAGCUCUAGGAUUAGCCGCCUUAGAAGAAUGGACGAAAGGUUUAGAAAGUGAGAGAGCAACGAAGAUGACGGAUAUUGCGCGAUGGGAACAGUGGGAGAAGAGCGGUGGCUUGCAAGAUGUCAGGGGAAAGCUUGGUAUAUCAAUCAAACAUACUCUGUACGGCUCCAAACCAUCAGACGAAACACCGGCCUUGAAGAACGUGUUCGACAGGAGAUCAGCUGGUAAAGAAAUACACACGCUGCCUAAGGGCGUGACGCACGGUUUUCGAACUACACCGACCAAUUUAGAACCGUCAGGUUGCCCAUCGCCAGAUCCUACUCAAGUGCAACAAGGCCGCGCUGAGAGAAGUUUAAGCGAUGUCAACGAAGCAAAAGCCUUGAGAAAAUUAGAAAUUGAGCGCCGCUGCUUGGAGUUACACCCACCAUUGAUAGCCGCCAUUCUAAGCCAUAUGGAUUCCUUCUUAGCGGCGAUACAGAUACCGAAUGUUUUGACCGAUAGGGAUUGGGAUAUUUUACUACCGCGACUACUUUCACAACGUGAUGCAGCAGAAAAGAAGGAAGAUGUCCGGUUGAAAAAGCUGCAACUACUCGAAGCCAAGUCAGAAGAACGCCGACAACAAGAAGCACAGUUAAAAGAAGCAAAAGCAUCACUAGAUCGUCAAUGGGAGGACGCACAACGUCCAAUUCGCGACCAAAUUGCUUUAUACGCUGAAGAAUUUAUCGAUGAAAACUGGAAGGGUGGAAGCGUACUCACUAAAGAUAAAUGUGCACAAUUUGCUGCUAAUGUCUUGACACAUGCACGAAGCAGAUUUUACGCACAUAUUCAAGAGGAAGAUGACGUUGCUCGCGCUUCCGGAAAUCCUGUGAGGACCGACUCACCAGAUCUACCACCGACGCGCAAGUUGAUUCUUGAAAACAUGAAGUGGGUUUUCGAGGCCAAAGUCAAACCAAUCACAGAGAAAUAUCAGAAAGAGUUGUUCUUUUGCAAUGGUUGCGACAAUAAUUCGAGAACCUACGGCUUUGAAGGCGUUAUCCAACAUUAUGCCGCUAAACAUACCACAGCUUUGAGCCGGGGAAGUGUGGUUGUCUACUGGCGCGCUGAGUGGCCUGAAAAGCCACCAUUUCAUCCCAAUCCUAAUGCUGCAAAGGCUUUGCUUCAUGCCAGCGCUCAGAGCGGGUUUACACAGGCACAUUAUUAUACGGGCCAGCAAACAACACCUACCCUUUACAUGGCAACCCCAGAACAACGCCAUCGCAUGAUGUCUGAAUCACUUCAGUCCCCCCAUUCGUUUGGGCAUUCACCUUUUGGCGGCACUUACGCCUUUGGGCCAUACCAACCUCCUUCACCAAGAAUGAGUCCCUAUUAUCCUACACCUCACUCUGGCUAUGUCUUUCCAACAACACCGGUGGUCACAACGUCUGCAUAUGAUAAACCACCACCUGUUUACAGCCCAUCUUCCAAUGUACAUGCUUCACCGGCAAUGUAUCCAUCACAUAUUUUACAACCACGACAUGCAUAUCCCUCGCCUGCGUACGCCCCGUCUUCGCCUUACUCACAGUAUGUUUCAAAUGACGGAAAGCCUGGUGUUUCCCAACAAGGAGAUAGGGCUUUGUAUCAAAGCCAAUUUAACGAUAUGGCUCGAAUCGCUCGAGAUGUGUGGAACGCGACUUCUGGAAUUAAAGAUCUCCCAGCCAGCAUUCGCGCCCAUGCGUUGAUAUAUCAUGUCGUUUCUACCUGCAAGCGUCAGCUCAAUCUGGACGUUUCGAUUUUUCUCUUUGCGGAGGGACUGAAUCAUCAUCCUCAGAUGAAACCAAUGCGCAGUUUGCAUUCACUUGUCUGCAGACGUUGCACAGACAAGGAGAACGACCAUCUCUCAACCCCGCGCUCAAGAAAUUCGAGGUCCUAUAACCUUCAAACUCUGAUUGGUCAUUUCCACUCAGCGCAUAUGGAACAUGCCGGUUCUGGGUCUGUUACUUUUCAAGGUGAAGAGAGUCACAGUUGGGACUGGAAAACAGACAUGAUUCUCCUUCCUGAUAGCUCCACCAUAGAAUCGUCGCUGCGCGCACCUGGGAUGGACGAGAACAAACUGCAAAUAAUCUCACAGGCUUUGCAAUCAAUCGUUCCAAAUAUGUUCAGGGUUCAAUUGCAGACCACCGAUCCCAUCCAGUCUCCACCCACAUCUCAUAGGCACGAUCCUGGCUUGAGGUCAAAUAUUCGACCCGAGCGUAUCGACUGGGAAGAGGACUAUUUAGGCCAUUCCGGUUCAUAUACAUAUUCAUCUCAACAACCCAUAGAUGAUAAGUCGGGCCUACGGGAAAGUUCCGAUAUACCUAUCCGUAAAAAUGACAUCGGUGACAGUGGUCAACUCAGAUAUUUCGUGCCUUCGUCCCGUACAGUCUUUACAAGGGAAAAGCGGCCAUCAGAUUCUGUCCCCAUGGAAAUGGAUGAGCGCGAAGUAAGAGAAGCCCCGGGUCUUUACACAAUUAGACGGCGUGAUGCCAGUCGGCCAGAGUUUCAUCCGUCUAGGUUCUCUGAAAAUGCAACGAGGCUGAGAGUAUCUGAACUUUCCGAAUCCCCCAACCGUCGAUACGUCUGGUUAUCACCAGACCAGUAUGACGCCAUGUCAGACACCCGGGUAGAAACACAAAUGCCCACUGAGAGCAGUCGCUACCCGCCGGGAUAUUCUCUUGAUGAUUCUGUGUUUUUAAAACAUGAGGAUGCAUUCACUUCUGCGCUAAAAAAUCAAAAGCCCAUCCCUGAUGAGGUUGGUGAGACACGACUGUACCCUGUCAAUAUGCCACCCGGUCAAGAGAAAAACAUGAACGAAGAUCCAAGAAUAAACCCACUGUCUUCUCGCAAACGUUAUCAUUUACAAACUUCAGACGAACCGGCUCGAUACCCGGUUUUGACAACCGAUGAUAUCGCGGAACACGACCUAUCAGCUUCGCGAGAUGAUUUUAAACCAAAUAGAGUUUGGAAACAGCGAAGGGACCUCGUUUCACUUCGAGAAAUCGAUGUUCGUCGACAGAAUCGAGCUCCUGGUUCGCCUGAGAUGGGAAACAGUCGGUUCGGCCGGAAAUUGUCUGGCCCUGUAGAUUCUAGGCGGCCUCACAGCCGAUUUGACAGAUACGAAGCUCAACGACAACAGGAGCCUCUCCGGCCGAGGUCGAGAUCUUCUUCUAUUAAGGAAGGGCCGCAUUCGGAUUCGCAUUUCUUCCAUGAACAGACACAACGGGACCAGACUUUAGUUCAACGUUAUUAUGUUGAUCAGCCGCUCCGUUCGUUUACCAGAGCAGACAUUGCUCAGGCUUUUACACCCACUGCAAGACAGGAUGGCCAAGAGUAUACGCAAGAGUAUGGCGGCACCCAGAGAUACUAUGAUACUACGGCAGAGCAAUGA